AUUCACGAAAGAGGGAGGCUGAGUUCUUGUUUCGUAUUUUAGCUGUCAGUGAAUCUGCAGUUUGUUUUCGACAAAAUGUUUCCUUAAGAGAAAUCUGCCAAUUUGAGCUAUCUUUAUGCUUCAUUAUUGAUCAAACCAGUAUGCAUACAUAACAUACAGCCAGGAGUAUACAGUUUGGAGUCUACCCGAAAACAAUGAAACAGCAUUGAUGUAUUCAGUGAUGGAGACUUCAAAAGCACGUCUAAAGCAUAGAAGACGUGAAUGCCUUUUUUGACUGACUACAAUACUAUCUAGGACAUGAUGGGGCCUAGGCGGAAAUCCACUAAGACAUGUUUGGUUGGAGGCUCAAAUUGCACUUCUUUGCAAAAAGAAGAACCAAAAGAUUACAUAAAUGAGCUUUCACAUGAGGUGCUCUGUCAUAUAUUCCGCUACCUGCCUAUGCCAGACAUUAUGUGCAUGGAAUGUCUGUCACGAAAGCUGCAAGAGGCAGUAACUCUGUAUUUACGGGUGGUGAAAAUGGUGGACCUUUGUGCCAGCCGGUGGUGGGAGUAUAUGCCUUCAGGAUUUACAGACACAAAUUUCCUCACGCUUCUGAAGAAGAUGCCUGAUUUGGAGCAUUUAUAUGGUUUGCAUCCACGGUAUUUAGAGCGGAGAAGGGUCAGGGGAUAUGAAGCUUUCAGUAUUCCUGGUGUUUUGGAGGCUCUUCAGGCUUGUCCCAGACUUUUGGGUGUGGAGACCUCCCAUUUAGAGCUGGUGGAAGCAAUAUGGAACUACAUGCCUCAAGUUCACAUCCUUGGAAAGUUCAGGAACCGCAAUGGGGCAUUUCCUAUUCCACCAGAAAACAAACUUACAGUUCCAGCAGCAGCUAAAAUUCAGACGCUUCAUCUUGUAGGUGUCAAUGUCCCAGAAAUUCCUUGUGUGUCCAUGCUCAGACACUUAUAUCUGGAGUGGGUCCGUCUUACAAAACCUCAGCCAUUCAAAGAUUUUUUGUGUGUGAGCUUGCGCACAUUUGUCAUGAGGAACUGUGCUGGUCCCACCAACUCCUUGAAGUAUGUACCACUGGUGACAGGUUUGGCCUCUGCACGCAACUUGGAGCAGCUAGAGCUUGUAAGGGUUCCUUUCUUAGGAGGGCUGAUACAACAUGUGGUGGAGGACAGCUGGAGAUCAGGAGGAUUUCGCAAUUUGCACACAAUUGUAUUUGGUGCCUGUAAGAAUGCCCUUGAAGUGGACUUAGGCUACCUCAUCAUUACUGCUGCACAUGGAUUGCAUGAAGUUCGAAUCCAGCCUUCCUUAACCAAAGACGGGGUUUUUUCAGCACUGAAAAUGGCUGAACUUGAGUUUCCACAAUUUGAAACUUUGCAUCUCGGAUAUGUUGAUGAGUUCCUAAUACAGUUUUCUAAUAGGAGGCUCAUCACGUGCAUGCUACUAUGUAAACUGAGUCAUACCGAGUUGGUCAAAUAUGGCCUUGCUGAUGUAAUAGAAAAUCCAGGAAUCAUCACUGAUGUUGGAAUGAAGGCUGUUAAUGAAGUGUUUCCUUCCAUCAAGUAUCUGGUCAUUUACAAUUGCCCGCAUCUUCACAACCCGCACAGCUGGAUCACAGAUCAUUCUCGCUGGAGCAGAUUGCUGGAUCUUACCCUUGUGCGCUGUCAUGCUAUUAAGCUUGAGUCGUUUUGCCAGUGUAUUGAAAUGCUGCCUAAUCUGGAGUUUAUCUCCCUAGACCAGAUGUUCCGUGAGCCCCCAAAGGGUUGUGCUCGGGUUGGUCUGAGCGCAGGCACAGGUAUUGGUGUAUCCUCUGCUCUGGUCAGUAACCAGAACCCUAACCAGAACAACAAUAACAAUCACCAGAACAAUAAUGAUGCCAAUAUUCAACCACAUAAUCGGGACAAUGCUGUUGACAUGGCACCACACAGAGUUGAGGAGAUCCAUGAUGUUGAAGGCCUGAAGGUAGAAAAUAUUGAAGUUGAGCCACAGGUAACAGAUGCCAGUCCAGAGAAAGAGUCUAAAGGGUCCUGUCAAGCACCAGAUCAAGAUGAAGAACAAGCAGGCCCCAGUGGUGUACAGCCUGUCAUUAAGAAAAUUCCGGUAGUGAUGUCUGACUCUGACAGUGAUGAUGAUGAGGCUCCAGACAAGUCCCAAGGUGUAUUUUGCUCCUCUCAACGGUACUCUCAGGCAUACAUGCAGGAGAAGAGGGAUGAUGUAGAAGAGCUAGCCACAAGAGACAAAGGGAAAACUCCAUUGCGCCGGGGAGGGCAGUAUCCCAGUUAUGACAAAGGCUGCCAGGUGACCAGUGAGCAGAUCAAAUCAGACAUAAAAGCAGCCAAUGAAACAGCAGUGGAUACUGGCCAAGACAGAAAUAAUGGAUCAUGUGUCUGCUCUGUGGACUGGAGAGUAGAAUCUGGUAAUCUUGGAAGGUCAAGAAAUGCAGGAGAAAGGGAUGAAGGAAGUCUGAGGCCACAUUGCACUUGUAACAGGACUUGCUUAGGCUCAGAGAGCAGUACCCAUGCCACCUUCAGUCAGCCAGGAGGAGAGGUGAGCCGACCAACCCACCAUGUCCCCAAGCAGAGAGCUAAAGCAGAACCCAGCACAAUAGAGCACCAUGGUGGAGUGGUGUCUCAUACAACUUCCAAAGACAUGUUUUCCAGUCGACCAAUGACCCGUGCUUGCAGUAGACUGUGCACUGUGCCAUUAACUUCUGACUCAGGACUUUCCAAAGCUAUGCCACGAAUAGCAGUGAAAAGAAAAAACACUGCAGACAAGUCAACCAGUACCAGUGACCCAGUCACUGAGGAUGACCAUGUACAGGUGCUUACAUUGAAAUCCAAAAAUCUAGUGGGAAUCACACUCUCAAACUGUGGUAUCACAGACCUUGUCAUGAAGGACUGCCCUAAAAUGAUGUUUGUCCAUGCCACUCGCUGCAGGGUGCUGAAGUACCUAAAGGUGCAGAAUUCACCCAUAGUGAACCGUUUUGAUUAUGCUCAAUGCAAGAAGCUGGACAUAGAACAGGUCUUGGAUCAGGUGUUGCGUAUACCUGCCGAAAGAAAUCGCAUUGUCUACUUGCGUCCUAUGAAACAGAUUGAUUCGUUGGCGCUGGAGAGAAAGUUGUUCAGUGGUCCCUACCCAUACCACAUCGCAAUUAUCCACGAGUUCAGUAACCCCCCCAAUGUCAGAAACAAAGUGAGGGUACGGAGCUGGAUGGACACUGUUGCUAACAUCAGUCAGGAACUAGUCAAGAAUGAAUUCUUCCCAGAGGCAAAAAGAACAGAAGCAGACAUAAAAAAAUACCCUAACUACCCAUGGGGUCGAGACAUCUAUACCUUAGAGGGUGUAGCAGAUGGGGCUCCCUACUCCAUGAUUUCUGAUUUCCCAUGGCUUCGUUCUCUGCGCAUAGCAGUACCCAACAGUUAUGCCCGUUGUGACUUUGAGGAUGAUGAAAGCACUACUAUCUAUGCUCCACGACGCAAAGGACAGCUUUCGGCUGAUAUCUGCAUGGAGACCAUUGGUGAGGAGAUUGCAGAGCGUCGUCAGAUGCAGUUAGGGGUGUUCCAACGGGUGGUUGUUAUUUUCAUCCAUUACAGUGACAUGCAUGGAGAUCCUGUUGAUGAUGACUAUAUUUAAGGCAAAUUGUAAGAGGACUUGUUGAAGGAAAAUUAGAAUACAAUUUUCUUCAAUUUUCACAAAUUUAUUAUGGGAAACUGUGUGCACAGUAAUGCUUGUUGGAAAGAGUUGAUUUUAUUUUUAGAAAAACUGUUGAAAUAUAAAAUGAUAGACAUUUACAAUAGAUUAAAAUCAAGGUGAUUGAAAAUUCUAGCAUUGUGCCAUUCUUUAAAGCAUGUAGGGAAUGAGUGAAGUUGUUGCUCUUUUUGAAAAAUAUAUUAUUGUGCUUUAGUGUGAUUUUUGGUGCAUCCUUUAUGUCAAGGUUAUCUGUACUGAUAAUGUGGUGUAUUGACUAAUAAUAUAGAGAAAGUUUUACAAUGCUUGUAUUUACAAACUAAAAUUGCGUUCUUAUAAAUUAACUGUAUAUUUUUUCUAAGGUGUUAUUUUAAUGUAAUACCUAAAUUCUAGACUUUUUCCCAUCUUUGUAGCAUUUUUCUGGGUUGUUCUCAUUUGUUAAAUGCAUUGUAAAUACAAUCUCAGACAACAGAUAGUUACUAGAUCUUUUCAAAAUCAAAAAGUGUUACCUCUUUAUGUGCUACAGAGCUAAAACUGACUUAAUUACUAUUUGUAUAGACGAUUAAAGCAUAAACUCUUCAAGAAAACGUUUAAAACCCCACUGGUUUAUACCUGCGGUUAAAGAUUUCAGGUCCUUAUGUUUAAGUUUGGGUGAAGAUGAAAAUGUGCAGUAGUAAUAUGUGGAGGAAAGGAAUAUACAUCAAAAUCCAUGCAAUUAAAGAGCAGACAUAAACAUAGAAAUUACUAUACCCACAAACAGUUAAGGGGGGCAAACACUUGUUGACCCUACCCCUUAGUGACAGAAGAAGUCACUCCCAUUUUCUUCCAGGUAUAUACAGUGGACUUAGGAGGUAUUCAGAUGCCUUGUUGUGGAUUUUAUUGUUAAUGGAUAUAAUUCCCGUUUUCACUCUUUUUUAUCUAAAUACUUUCUAAAGCCACUGUGUAUUAAACUUAGUCAAGCCGUUGCUUUAUUUUACCUAAUGGCCCCCUUUUCAAAGCAAAUCAUGUUUUUUAUCGUACUAUUGGGUAAUGUUGCUUAAAUAUACUGUAUUAAAAAAGUUUUACAUAUUCCAUUUUGAUGAUAAUUCUCACUUCCUGUUUGAUGAAAUUAAUUAUCAUCAUCUUUAGUUCAAAUUCAGGUUAUGGAUAGAAUGGCACAAAAUCCAAGAAAAUACUUUCCUUUUUUUAAAUUAAUCUUCUGAUCCAAAUUCCAUGAUGAUUAGAUAAAUUAGUAGGAGAUGAAGCAAAACACUGUAUUAAUAUUUCUGAAAGGCCACCUACCUUUUGAAUUUCCUGCAAAAGAAAAACUCUGUGAUUUCCAGAGAAUCAACAGAAAAAUAAUUAUGAUUACAUGUUGACCAGUUCUUAUGCUGCCUCUAAGGCGAAUUAAGCCAAAAUUUCUUUCAAAGGGUCAUUUACUGAUUUUUAAAGUAUGGUUAAGGUCUUUUGUACCAUUGCUCUGAUAUUGGAAUAUUUAAUUGGAAGAUACACAAACCAUCCAUCAUACAGUUCAUACUUUGUUUGGGAUGGUCUCCCAAUGUGAUCAUCCAAAUUUAGUGAUGAUUGGGCAAACUAUGUAGGAGAAGAAGUGAAGAAAUGGCAGAAAUUUCAGUAUUGCAGAAAUUAUUGUCUAUUGAACCUUUACCCAUCAAAGGAAAGUGGAAUUAUGUUUCUUUGAUAUUGCUUUAAAGAGUUAUUAUUGUAAAUGUAUGUUCAAACGUUGAUUGGGACUCUUUGAUUGGAUUGCUUUAUUACUGUACCAAAUUCCAUGCAAAAGCAUAUGAAGUGUUCUAUGGGCUGCCAUGAUCUCCAAUUGUGUAUGCAUAUUAGUAAGAAAACAUGCAUACCUUAUGUGUUGUGGGCCUUCUUGGCCCCCAGAUGGUUGUGUAGUACCUUUUAAAUCUGGAACCACACUUUAUAGAAAUGGGAUAAUUAAAAAGCUAGUAGACAUUAGGAAAGUAGGAGAAAUAAAGCCAUUUUCACUUUAUUCUUAUCUAAGUAAUCUCACAUGCCUCUGUACUGGAGACAUGAUGAUAAUGGAAUCCAUUACUUCACUAAUGACGGACAACCCCACAAGCAAUUUUCAUCAUUGUUUUGUCAAAUACUGUAUUUAAUUUAUUCAUUCUACACCCCAUUAUUCUGGCACUUUUAUAGGCAUUUUUGACUAUAUGCAUUCUCAAACUUUUACUUAAAAAAAAAAUAAAUAAAUAAAACUAAAGCAAUAUCCAAGAAUAAAUCCAUAAAUCAUUUUUUUCUCUAAUGCACCUGACAUAAUUUGUGGAGAAAAAAAAAACUGUUUACUACUGUUUUCAUUCUUUGUCUUUAUUGAAAUGAAUAACACAAUUGAAUAUAACAUAAUAUAAAUGAAUAAUUGCAUAAAAUGAAUGAAUGAAUUUACACAAAACGUGAAAUGGGACAAUACAAGAUUCUUGAUUUCA